AUACAGGACCAUUACAUUUUGCAAGCAACAACCUAGAAGUAGGUACUUAGUAAAAAUGUUUAAGCAACUUUUUGCUAUUGUUUUUCUUGCAUUCAUUUCGUCUUCUUAUUCACAAUACAUCUCUCAAGGUCAGUGUGAAGACAGAAAUAUAAAACCGGCAAAAGAUUUUCCAGGAGUUGAUUACUAUGGAAGCCUGCGGAGAUGGUUCACUGUGAUUACUUCCAACAUCCAGAUCGACUGCCAGUAUCUAAACUUUGAAAGACCGUCACCUGCAUCCUCAAGUGUAACUUCGCAUCAGAAAUAUGUACCAAUAAAGCAAUGGUCUAAGUCUACUGGUGUAGUUACAUUGGCUAGUGGUAGUGGUCAAGGAGUUAUAGCAAUAAAAUUCGAGAAAUCUGUCGAUCCACUGCAAUUUACAAUUCUCGGCUACAACCAUGAUCAGUUUACCAUUGAUUACAAUUGCGAAAAUAUAGACACGAAACGCAGAAAAGGUAACAAUGAGCAUAUAUAAAGUAUUUCUUUCUAU